AUGUCUUGGGAAGUGCUGCCUGUGGAGGUGCCAGGAGUAGAUCCUGAAAACCUGUCUCUAGAACCGCUGCCCAUGGAGUUGCCAGGAGUAUAUCCCGAAAAGAUGUCUGUAGAACCGCUGCCCAUGGAGUUGCCAGGGGUAUAUCCUGAAAAGACGUCUCUAGAACCGCUGCCCAUGGAGUUGCCAGGAGUAUAUCCUGAAAAGACAUCUCUAGAACCGCUGCCCGUGGAGUUGCCAGGAGUAUAUUCUGAAAAGACAUCUCUAGAACCGCUGCCCUUGGAGUUGCCAGGAGUAUAUCCUGAAAAGGCAUCUCUAGAACUACUGCCUAUGGAGAUAUCAGGAGUAUAUCCUGAAAAGAUGUCCCUAGAACUGCUGCCUAUGGAGAUGCCAGGAGUAUAUCCUGAAAAUAUGUCUAAAGAAUUCCUAUCCGUAGAGGUGACAGAAGUAAAUCCUGAAAACUUGUCUAAAGAAUUCCUACCUGUAGAGGUGCCAGAAGUAAAUGCUGAAAAUGUGUCCCAAGAAUUGCUGCCCAUAGAGGUGCCAGAAACACUCUAUUACAUGAAUCCAGGGAAGACCAUGAUGUCAUCAAAGACAAAAGGACUAGAGGAUGAAGACUCAGACUUCGGUUCUUUGAGAGAUGGUGGACCUCAAGAACAGAAAGAUGAAACUUCUGUGCCAGACAAAGGUGAUUUCAAGAUAGAAUCCUCUCCCUGCUACCUGUUGACCGUAAGGAUCAUCCGGAUGAGAAAUCUCCAGCGAGUGGAUGCCUUAAGCCAGGCUGAUUGCUAUGUCUCAUUGUGGCUGCCAACUGCGACAUGUGAAAAGUCACGCACUAAAACUGUGAGAAACUCCAACAAUCCAGUGUGGAAUGAAACCUUCUACUUCCGAAUCCAGAGUCAGGUCAAGAAUGUGCUGGAGCUGACAGUGUAUGAUGAGGAUUUUGCUACUCCAGAUGACCAUCUCCUCUGUGCACUCUUUGAUACAGCUAAACUUCCGAUUGAAAGAACGGUGGUCCUGUACUUUAAGCCUAGCCCAAAUGCAAAGGAGGAGCUAGAGGUUGAAUUCAAAUUGGAGCCCGCUUCUGGUCCCCAUGAAACCAUUGCUACCAACGGAGUGCUGGUGUGUCGUGAACUUUGCUGCUUGGAAGUUGAAGUGGCAGAGAAGAUGAAGCAAAAAUCAAAGAAAGAACUUUCCCUCACUGUGAAGGGCUCCUUUGAGGGGACACAGGAUAUCACGCUGGGCCCCAACGGAGUGGUCAACCCAUCAUGUCCCACCAAGUUCCACUACAUCAAGUAUGCGGAGCCAACACUGGAUGUCAUGUUGCCAAAGAAGAGGCGCUACCACCCAUUGUCCUGUAAGUUCAGUACAGAGACGGGCUCCCCAGUCGUGAUGCUGAAUUCACUGCCCAUGGGAAGGAAAACGACCAUUGCAGAGGAGAAAAGAUUUGACUUAAAUGUGACAGCACAAACCUGCAAUUGUUCAUGCCACCAAGACCUGGACAUGCGCUUUGGGUUUGACUUGUGUUCAGAAGAGAGGGCUUUCCUGGGGAAAAGAAAGAGAUAUGUAGCAAGUGCCCUCAAAACUGUGUUUCACCUGCCACAGGAACUGCAGGAUCAAGAGGUCCCCGUUGUGGCUAUCAUCACGACAGGUGGAGGACUGAAGUCAAUGACAGGAUUGUAUGGCAGCCUCAUGGGACUCAAGAAAUUAAAUCUCUUGGACUGUGUAACAUAUAUCAGUGGGCUGUCCGGCACCACAUGGACCAUGGCCAACUUAUACAGAGAUGCCUACUGGUCACAGAAGGACCUGGACUCGCAUAUUGGUGAAGCCCAGAAACAAGCAACUAAAUGCAAGAUGGGCUGUUUCUCUAUGGAUCGCAUGAAGUACUACAACAAGCAGCUUUGUCAGCGGAAAGAAGAGGGAUACAGGACAUCAUUUAUAGAUCUUUGGGGUCUCAUGAUUGAGUACUUACUAAAUGAUGGGAAAGACCCUCACAAACUCUCAGAGCAGCAAGAAGCACUCUGUGAUGGCCAGAACCCACUGCCCAUCUAUGUGGCAGUCAGUGUCCGGGACAGUUACAGCACCAAUGAUUUCAAAGAGUGGGUGGAGUUCACCCCCUACGAGGUGGGACUUCUGAAGUACGGCGCAUUCGUUCGCACAGAGAAUUUUGGAAGUGAGUUCUUCAUGGGACGAUUGUUAAAAAAGCUCCCUGAAUCCCGCAUCUGCUACCUUCAAGGUAUGUGGAGCAGUAUAUUUUCUGUGAACCUGUUACAAAUAUGGGGACUUUCCCACAAUUCAGAGGACUUCUGGAAGAGAUGGACACAAGACAGAAUAGAAGAAGUUGAUGAAGACCCCGUGUUGCCCACCAGGCCCCAUGAGCUGAGGACUCGCAUGUACACUCCUCCUGGCCCCUUGUCCAGUGCCCUACGGGGAGCGUUGACAGAUCGUUUCUCCGUCGCCCAGCACCACAAUUUCCUGAAGGGCUACCAGCUGCAUAACAACUACAUGGAGAAUGAGCACUUUUGUCAAUGGAAAGACACUGUGCUAGACUCACGUCCCAACCAGCUGGUGCAAAACCCUGAUCAACUGGGCAUGAUAGAUGCUGGAUUUUUCAUCAAUACCAGCAGUGCACCCCUUUUAAGGCCACAGAGGGAAGUAGAUGUCAUCAUAUAUCUAAGUUAUACAACUGGAUCACAUACAUCGUCUCUAGAUAAGGCGUGUAAAUACUACUCAGAGCAGAAAAUCCCAUUCCCAAAAAUUUCUUUGACUGACGAAGAUAAGAAAAAUCUGAAGGAGUGCUACCUCUUCCAUGAUUCAGAUUUGCCAGGAUGUCCGAUUGUGAUUUUUCUUCCCCUCGUGAAUGAUACUUUCCAAGAGUACAAAGCACCUGGUGUCAAGCGCUGUUGCUCAGAGAUGGAGGGAGGACAACUUGAUUUGACCAGCUGCUGUUCCCCUUACUGCAUGUUCUCGGUCAGGUACACCGAUGACAAUUACCGCAAGCUGCUGAAUCUCAGUGAAUACAAUAUCCUGAACAACUCUCAGAUGAUUAUGCAGGCCUUGCAGAUAGCAAUGCAAAGGAGAAGGCAGAAGAUGUGCUGA